AUGUCUACCCCGAACGAUCUCCAGACCCUCCUGGCCAGCAUUCGGGGACGUCCAUCGCCCCCCAAUGGCCCCGGUCAGGAUUAUUAUCAGCAGCGUCCCCAGCAGCCCUACCAGCCGGGAAUGUUCCCACCUCACCCUCAGCAGCCUUACGACGGCCAGGGCUAUCAUCCUCAGCCGCACGGCUACCACCACCCAUCGGUUUCAUCGAACCUGCAGAGUCCCGCCCCCGUCAAUACCCCGCCUCACCAUGGCUCCGAUAUUGUCAGCCCGAAUGUGCCGAGUCCUCGCAAUGACUGGCCUCAGCACCCGCCGCCGCCGCACAUGGCCAACCCAGACCGUCCUGUCGACCUGCUCAGUCUCCUGAGGUUUAGCCAGGGUCAGGGUGCGGCUCCUCAGCCAGCUCCCGCUAUGGCUCCCGAGCAGCCUCGCUCUCCGCCAACACAGGAGCCGACCUCGUCCCAUGCACGAAACAUUUCCGCUCAGGACUUUGUCGCCUCUCUAUUUGGCAAGCAGGCCCCCGCCCCUGCUCCUACACCUCCUGCCCCGGCAGAAGCACCCCCUACUCAGCCGGAAGGCCCGAGUGAAAACACGCAGGAUAUGCUGCUCCGCCUCCUCAACCGUUCCCAGCCCGGUGCCAAUGUCGUCGACGCUCCGUCCCUUGUGCCAACUACCAAGACUGCUCCUCCUGAGUCGGUCAAGAUCGAGCCCAAGGAAAUCAUUGAGAUUGUGGAAGCUAGCCCUAGCAACCCCGCGGGGCCGGAGAUGGUCGUAUCCCCGGGUUCUAAAGAGUCCAUGUUCACCUAUGUCAAUCCUUUCGAUCAAUUGGCGGCUAUUUCUCCUCGCAAACAGUCCCCGCAGCCCCAGUCGGUUGACGAGGCCCCUGCAGUUGAAGUGACGAAGACAGAAAAGAUCAAUAUCACCGCCAGUAUUGAACCUUCCGCUGUUCCCGACGUGCCGCGACCUAAGCGGAGCAUGACUCCGCCCUUGGAGAACGGUCAGAGGGAGGCAGUCAAUGAGGUCGUUGGUCGCUUUGUCGAUCAAAUUGGCCGCUCUCUUAGCGGAAGCGAAGCCAAGCCCACAGUGGAAUUGGAGAGGGAAGCUCCCACCGUGAAGGAGGAGUCUACCCAAGCUGUGCUUUCGGGCAUCGCCAAUCACUUGCGCGAGACUGCUGCUCAGGCUAAGGAGGAGGCUGGGUUGGAAACGCCUGCUGAGACCGCCAAACAGGUCGAGGCUGACACUUCUUCUACCCCUGUUGGCCAGAGCGGGAACGACAACACCGAUGCUCUGGCCGAUAGUUGGGAAAGCGCGGAAGAUAGUGCCGAGAAGGAGGAGGAGCGCGUUGUCUCUGUCCACAACUUCCCCCUGCGACCGUUCAUUUCCAUCGCCGUGAAACCGCAAUCUGGAAAGCUUCUGACCUUCCGCGACGAUGAUGUUAUGGAUAUCGCACGCCUCAAGAAGGAGUUUGAUCAGCUUGACCGCUCCUUGACUGCUGCUACCUCCGAGUAUAUUGUUUAUGCCCUGGCAAAGACCGGUGGCAUUAGAAUUAUUCGUCAGGAUGAUGGAACUGACCGACAGGUCUUCCGCUCUGCCCGCGAUCGCGUAUUUAACGUCGCGUUAUGCACUUCUGCUUCCGCGGCUGGUCAGUCUGAUGUGCAGGCGCUCCUUGGCAUUGGUGUCAGUGGCGCUGUCUAUUGGGCUUUGAUCUCCGGCCAAGGAAAGGACCUGUUCGAGUUGGACGCUUUGGAGCGCGAGAGCCUCAUCUUCCCGCCUUUCCCCGCCUCGGAUGAGAACACCUCUGGUGGUCAGCUGAAAACGCGGGCGAAGCGGAGCACUCGCCACGCUGACCUAUUCGCCAUUGGCCGUGGAAAGAACAUCUAUGUCGUCUCUCCCUAUGCGGCUAUGAACUCUAGCUACGGUGUGUCCGGGGCCCAGCGCACGGUCAACACUGAGAAAUUCCUCAAAGAGCGUGCUCUGAAAAUCUCCACUGGUAAAGCCGGAAAGGACUUUGCCUUCAGUGACGAUGACACUGUCAUCGCAUCUCUGGACAAGACAGGUCGUCUGCGUUUCUGGGAUAUCAGAGAUGUUCUUGACAACCCCUCUUUCGCCGACGGACCUGUUGCGAAUGAAGUCCGGGUCCCAUUGAACACAUUUGUGACCGGUUCACCCGCGGAGAAGUCCUGGCCCACUUCGGUGCUCUUCCUUGACAAGCUUCGCGCCUACUCGAAGUCCACAGCUCUUCGCUACGUCCUGGUUGGACUUAAGCAGAACCAUACCUUGCAGCUCUGGGAUAUUGGGCUGGGCAAAGCUGUGGAGGAAGUCAAGUUCCCCCACGAGAAUGAGUCGGAUGCGAUUUGCAGUGUUGCUUAUCACCCAUCGUCGGGUAUCAUUGUGGUUGGCCACCCUACGCGCAAUUCAAUUUACUUCGUGCAUCUGUCUGCGCCGAGGUACAACCUGCCGGUGAUGUCGCAAGCCGACUUCAUUAAGGCCGCUACUGAGAAGGAUAGCAGCUUGCCUAAGCCAGAAUCUACUGCCUGCCUGAGCGGAAUCCGUGAGAUUUCGCUUGGCGCCAAAGGCCAGCUGAGGAGCCUGGAGCUUCUUCCUGCCACCAAGUCUACUACGGACAAACGCAGUGACGAGGAAACCAGUCUGUUCGAGUUGUAUGUCAUGCACUCGCGUGGUGUGACCUGCCUGAACAUCAAGAAGGAGGACCUGGGAUGGACCACCGACAACAAGGUCAUUCGCCCUAUCGACGGAUUGGAGGAAGGCACGAUUGAGAUCAGUGACCUUCAGACUUUCCCGAGCUAUGUCACGGACGAGCCGUCUGUGAAUGGCGACACUGCAUCCACCACUCCUUCCCGAGCUGCCACCGUGAAGGACGCAGUGAAGAAGACUGACGGCUUGGAGUCCACUGCCGGUAUUGUUUCUUCUCGCAACGUGUCUCCCGCCAAGUCUGCCAAGAAGAAGACCGUGGAAGAUCAGGCUGAAUCUGCUAUGGCUAGCAGUGCUGAGAAGCCCGAAAAGAAAAAGAAGAAGAAGGCUUCUGCCUCCGAGGCAACAGCGAAGGCCAAGGAGCCCACCGCCAUCGCAGGUGUCGAGCCUCUUCCCACCAAGGAGACCGAAUUACUUGCUACAUCGACUGCUGCAGUGGCUGCGACUCGGGCUGCAGGGAGUGAAGCCCCCGGUGGGCUUGUCUCAAGCCUGCCCAGUGCUGGUAUCUCGAGUGACGUUUUGAACAAGCACCUGGAGAUUCUUCAGAACACUGUCUCCGCUGAGUUCAACAAGACCCUUGGUCAGGAGUUUGAAGGCCUCUAUCGCCGCUUCGACGAUGAGCGUCGCAGUUGGGAUGCUGCUUCGUCUGCCAAGCAGGACCAAGUGCUCCGUUUGGUCUCCAGCACUUUGUCUGACAACGUAGAGAAGAACCUCGCCCGUAUUGUCUCGCAGAGCAUCCAAACUGAUGCUGUCCCUGCCAUCAGCCAGACCGCUGCCGUCGCUGUCGCCAAGCAGGUGAACAGCAUUGUCACCCAGCAGCUUGGAACCUUAUUCAAAGAUGAGCUGCGCCAGGCCCUUCCCAAGGCGGUCACCAAUGCUAUGCAGCAGCCCGCUGUCGUGAAGACCGUUUCGGACUCUGUUUCACAGAACCUAGCUCCCCGUCUUGAGGCGGAGAUUUCGAAGGCCGUGCAGGGCUCGAUUGCUCCCUUGAUUGAGAAUCUGGCACUCAGCACCAAGAAGAUCGAGACCAGCAUGGAGAGACACUACCAGGCUCAGAUGAGGCACUAUGAGGCUCAGCGCCAGAGCGACAAUGCUAAGCUCGAGGAGAUGGCUACCAUGCUACGGAGCUUGUCCACCACUGUGGCAACCCUAGCCGCGAACCAGACUCGCCAGAGCGAGCCGGCCCACAACCCUCGGUCCUCCGUGGGGCGUCCGACACCUGAGGACAUCGUCAACAUUGCUCCCCGGCCAAUGCCUCAGCCGCAACCUCAGUCUCGCCCUCAAUCUAGACCCCAGAGUGGUCCGCCUCAUAAUCCUGUUCCCGUGGCACAGCCCGUUGUUCCUGGUCCCCUGGCAGAUACGGCUGAAGCAACAGAGAUCUCGAGGCUCAUCAGUGCCGGCCGCCUUGAAGAUGCCACGAUGAAGUGGAUCCAGUCGAGCCAGCAGGCUGAUCUAUUCGAUCACGUUUUUGUCCACUUGAGACCAGAUUAUCUCACCCGCCUGUCUGCUAUGCUGAUCCUCUCCGUGGGUGUGGCUGUCACCUCAUCUCUACAGACAAAUACCCCCCAGCGUCUCAACUGGGUCAAUGUGAUAUUCAACAGCAUGAACUUUGCCGACCCCGAAAUGCGUGACGUCACCCCUCGCAUUAUGCAGAUGUUGAGCGAGCGCCUGAACGACUUGUACAUGGAUGUCGUCAGCCGCAACCCGCAGGACCCUCUUCUCCGCAUGAUCAUCCCGCUUACCCGUCGUGCGCGCGGAAUGAACGCUUAAGCCUUUCUUUUGCUCUGUUUGCAUUUCUUACGACCUUAUCAUUGCGCGCACUCGGAGUCAUCGUUUUGUCUUUCUGCAUGACAUGUAAUGAUAUCCCCAUGACUCUAGGUAAAACCCGAAAAGGUGGAGAACCCCUAGGUGGGGAACGAAAUGCCUUUAUGGAAUAUGCAUUGCUAUUGUUUUGGCCCGAAUCUGGAUUUCAAAUUAUCGCCCCC